CAAACUGCGUGGCUCACGUUAAUCCUGCGCUCGAGUGAGGCCUUUCAAUGUGCGAGGGGCCUUCAUCAAUAUGUGGACCCAUCCCACCAGACCCGUCGCUGUUUCCCCAGUACUACAAAAGACCUACUUCAGCUCUGGGACGUUUAGAGGGAAACAAACGGAGUACGUCGACGCUGCUGUCGGGGCCCCUCGCUCCGGAUGCUGUACUGCACCCUGACUGCUACAGCGCUCGCGCCUCAGCGCGACGUCCACGCAUCAGCGCCAACGCUUCCCACAUUCUGGAGCGAGGGCAGAGAGGCGUCAUGAGGGAGCUUCUGAAAGUGGAUUAUUUUCCUGACACAGAGAUAACCAAACCCAAGCGAGAGUUCGACUUUCGUAAAGACAAUAUCCGGCGGCUUCGGGAAAUCCAGAGACGCUGCAAAGAAGUGGAAGCUGAGAGGGCUCGUUCCGCUCCAGUCAAAGCUUUGUGGACUUCAACUAAAUACCACAAUGUCCAAUCCAAAUUCAUGGAAGACAUACAGGUUACCAGUGCAGCCGUGAAACCACAGUGUCAAACCUUUCUAAAGGGUCACUCUAAAAAUAAAGCACCACCAAGACCACACUCAACACCCGCCCCUGUGACCUCGCGUCACUCUUGCACGCCGGUACAGGACAAGAAUUUGCAAGUAAAAGGCCAGAGCAUAGACUUCAUCAAGUAUAACGCACGGGCUGCGGGAAAGACUAUGCAGAGGUCCCAGUCGCUGACAAACCUGCGAGAUAAACCAGUGCCCAGCGCUGUCAUAGGCCAGGUGCCUCACUACCUAGAGGAGAGGAAGAAACAGUGGCGUAAAGAAGAAGAGGAGGAGAGGAGGAAGAAACUUAAUCCAUCCGUUCCAGCUGGACACGCCUUAAUGUCUGACAGUGACAGGCAGGAAACUCUAAAGACGCUCAAAGAGAGCCAUCGCUCCCUGGUGACAGAGCUGCUGUUGCUUCCUCUCAAAGCCGACAAUCUGAGUGUUCGCUCGCGCCGCGCUCAUCUUGAUAGAAGACUUUCUGAGAUCGAGGAAGCCAUCAAAAUAUUUUCCAGGGAUAAAGUUUAUGUCAAAAUAAAUUCCUAACCAGUAAAGAAGCCAAAGAGGGACAUCCACCUGCUGAAAUGUUUAAAAUGUUGAUUUUGACUUUUCUGUUAAAUUAUGCAACAUUACACCGUACCAUGUGACCUAGAGUAUAAUAUUAGUGUUUGAAAAGUAUUGUGUUUUAUACUAGAAACAUGGAAAAUUACACCAACCACAGAAUGAGUAAGCAUUACUACUGGAUCGUAUGAUUUGGGGGGGCAGCAAAUUGCUCUCAAAAUUUUUAAAUGACCUUGUAUAAAUACAUUUGUAUAUAUUGCUAUAUUUGCUGUUUUAAAGCAUUGAUGUGAUAAGCAAAAAAAAUCAAAAGAUGACGACAUACACUACUUCAAAGCACAAUAUGAAUAUUUCAACCAAUUUUGAUAAAUAUUGUAUAGCCAUUUAGAUAAAGCUGAAUAAAAAUAAUUCAACUUGCAACAACACUGUUGCUAUGAACUUCUUCCAAACAUGCUUUUAUAAGUAAUAUUACGUAUUUUUUAUGAACAUUGUUUCUUUUCAUGGAUUAAUAGCUUGUUUAUAGUUUUGAUUACUGUAGUAUGGUGUGUGAAAGAACUACUAUAUCUCGUGAUCCAAAGUGGAAAUGACAAGUUAAAGUGCUUUAGAAAUAAAGUUGAAUACAUUAUUUA